GUUCAAUUAUCAACAACUUCUGAAAACUUGGGUAUGGGUUCCGCUGCAAUCAAUAAUAGAACAUACUUUCCCCAAGCUUUGGCCAGUGGAUUGGCAUCUAGAGUCAAUAAGGACCUGGAUAGUGCCUUGAUAACCACCACUGUUCCCACCACCAGGAACAGAAGACAAGUCAACUACUCGGAAUACGACAGAGGUGAAGAUGACUUCGACGAUGACUUUUCCCCAUCACUGACUUCCAAUCAGCAAUCCAACAAUCAGUCAAAUGAAAGUGCUGUCAAUAAGAUCAUACUAAAACCAGUCAGGGUUCCAAAAUAUCCAUCAGAUCUUGACAGUGAAGAAAACUUAAAAGAAGUUAAGAAUCUGGAUGAUGUGUUGGUUCCCAUAAGACUAAGUAUUGAUUAUAAUGGAGGAAACUCAAAGUACCAAGAUUGCUUUAUGUGGAACUUAAACCAAACCUUAAUUCUGCCUGAAGAAUUUGCUAGCAUUGCUGCUACUGACCUUGAACUCCCAACGUCCGUUCAUUCGGUAAUGGUAGAAUCCAUCAAAAAGCAGAUUGAAGAAUACAAGCAAUAUUCCAACUUGCAACUACCAUCGAACAUGGAGUAUCAUGUCAUCAUCAAUUUGGCUGUGAGUUUGGGUAAAAUAUUAUAUGAAGAUAGAUUUGAAUGGGACUUGACCCAAACCGAUGUCAGUCCAGAAAUGUUUGCUGACAUAGUGGUGGCGGAUAUGGGAUUAUCAUUGGAAUUCAAGCCCGCCAUUGCAACUUCUCUACAUGAAGUUAUCUCUAGGUUGAAGAGAGAGAUUAUAGAAGGAAAGAACCACGAACUCGAAAAAUACCAACAAUUGAGCGGAUUGAUUUUUGAAAGAGGUAUCAGAAUAUCAACUGAAAGCAGUGUCAAUAAUGGUAACGACCAUUGGGAGCCUAUUGUUGAAAUUUUAACACCAGAAGAGAUCACCAGACGUGAAGUUGAGAGGCAGAGAAGCUCUAGAAGAAAAAACAGGGAAAAUUUAAAAGGAGUUUCUGGCAAGAGAAAGUUUGACGAAGUCGAGAGCUCGUGGAGGUCAUAUUAAUCAUUAGAAAAGCCGGUCUACUGAUAAAGAUGUAGAAGAGCUUUCAAAAAAGCUGGGUUAUUAUCUGUGUAAGUUAUAUUGUAAAUUUGUAUGUCAAAUCUCAAAAGUAGGCAGAAAUUCAGAAGAAACUCUUAAUAAUUACCACUAAUACUGUCUGGGGUUUCAUACCUUAAACUUGUGAAAAAGAGUUAUUCACCAGAUAAUAAAUCACUCGUAGGCCUCCCCCCCAUAAUACAGCAUUGCGCCUUUAAGGUGCGACUACUCUUCCCUCAGUGAGGAAACACCUUUCUAAUGUGGAUACGCAGUUGGAGAGCCAAGAUAAAAGAAUUCAGGGAUCUUCUUUCCCCGUUUGGAUUCCCGAUAACUAAUAUUCAGCGGAUGCAAUUUUGAGCUUAUCUACAAAUGAUCUAGCUACUUUUCAAUA